GGGCGGAGGCGGAGGAGGACCAGAUCGUGGCCGUCUUCGUGGUCACCUUCGACCCGCGCACGGGCAACAUGGUAGAAUGGUGCUUACCUCAAGAUAUUGACUUGGAAGGUGUGGAGUUCAAAUCCAUGGCAAGCGGCUCCCACAAAAUCCAGUCCGACUUCAUUUAUUUCCGGAAAGGGCUCUGUUUUGGCUUGGCCUGCUUUGCCAACAUGCCUGUGGAAAGUGAGUUAGAGCGUGGUGCCCGCAUGAAGUCUGUGGGGAUUCUCUCACCCUCUUAUACCCUGCUGUACAGGUACAUGCACUUCCUGGAGAACCAGGUCAGGCACCAGCUGGAGAUGCCUGGGCACUACUCCCAUCUAGAGGCAUUCUAUGAUGACAAGAAAGGAGUCCUUCCUGCUGGCAAGGAUGUGGCCACCUCUCAGCAGCCUGUCCACUGGCUACCAUCCAUCCACAGAUACAUGUACCCAGAGAUGAAGAUCACGCAUCCCGCUGGUUGCAUGUCUCAGUUCAUCAAAUUCUUUGGUGAGCAGAUCCUUGUCCUCUGGAAGUUUGCCCUGCUGCGCAAGCGCAUCCUGAUAUUUUCGCCACCCCCGGUUGGAGUCGUCUGCUACCGAGUGUACUGCUGCUGUUGCCUUGCCAAUGUUUCUCUACCUGGUCUUGGAGGAACUGUACCAGAGUCCAAACCUUUCUUCUACGUGAACGUGGCAGACAUAGAAAUGCUGGAGACAGAAGUGUCGUAYGUGGCCUGUACAACAGAAAAGAUCUUUGAGGAGAAACGGGAUCUCUAUGAUGUCUAUGUGGACAACCAGAAUGUGAAGACGUAUCACGAGCAUCUGCAACCACUCCUGAAAAUCAACAAUGCUGACAAGGAGAAGUAUCGACGACUCAAUGACCAGAGGCAGAUGUUAAUGUACUCUCAGGAAGUUGGCGAGGACUGUAGCUCCUGUGAAGAGGACCUUUUCAUCUUAUUUUUCAUGGAGCAGAACAACCGGAUAUUUCAGACGCUGAUGGAGGUGUCAGCCAGCCAGGACAAGACCCUGACCGCUGACCACGCGCGGGGCAUGGGCCUGGACCCCCAGGGGGACCGAAGUUUCCUUAUGGACCUGCUGGAAGUGUACGGCAUCGACGUCAUGCUGGUCAUCGACAACCCCUGCUGCACUUAGAGCGCACGGAUGGGAGCAGAGAUGGGGUUUGGAAGACUACCAGACAUUUUGCUUAGGAACGUCACUGGAACCCACYACAGCCACUGGACGAAUCUCAUUUUAUUUAAUAACUUUACACAGAAGUAUUUAUAAUUUUAAAAGAAAMUGUGAUUUUUAUUUUCUCCUUCACCUUUUCCAAGGAGUAACUGCUCCUGUUUGUUUUCAUCUCACUUUCUUUUUCACUUGUUUUUUGUUUGGUUUACAAGGACCAGUGGCACCAUUGCACCAAUCUUCACUGCUGCCAGUGGUAGCUGGAUUUUGGAUGCCUGAGGACUGAACACUUCAGGAAAGCACUUUGUCUGAUGGGGUCCAAUGCRAAAUGCUGUAGCUGAGCUCUAAAGACUUGACUGGAAAUUGCAUCCCCACUUAUCCUUCACCCUUAUAUGGGGGACUGAAGAGAGCUUCAGCUGUUAGUGGCCCAGUCUUAUAAAUUCUUGCCUGUCCCACCAUGUUUACUGGCGGUGACAGAUAAACCAAUGAUAACAGAACUGGACUCCUCGAACGCCCCUCACUCAGCUGUCAGCAGCUGCGUUGGUAUAAAGCCACCCUUUCUCUCCAGGGGCAAAGCCAAGCUUGAGGUGAGGGGAUGUUCUGCUUACCAGAGUGGCACAGCUUCACUCGCAGUGUUUGAGGUGGUAUAAACUGGCAAAGGCUAUACCYACCUCACAGCAGCAAGUGAGCACCGUCUCUGCGUAAUCCCUCCUUCCACUUCUUCUGGUUUUCAGUUGGUUAAAAUCUUCAAACCAGCAAGACAGCCUCCCACGGACCAAGGACCCGAGUCACUGAGCCAUCCUGCAGGCCCGCUGCUCUCCAGCCUCUGCUCAGAGCGUGCUGCGUAGGGCUGGGCUGAAUAAGUGUGGGUUGAAUGAAUGUGUYUGCUCUGAUCUCACUAGUGCUUCCUUCUGUAGCUGCCGGUGUCUGUCAYUCCUUUGCUUUAACACUGGCUGCUGCUCUUCCUUUGCCAAGCAGCUGCUGUCAUUGCCUGCUGCCAUCUCCAUCUCCACAGUGAAGUGGAGAGCAGUGUGUGACCUGUCAGCUGCAGGGCUGCACUGGCUUUGGUGUCUGCAGGAGGCCCCAGGAGUUUGGCUCGGCCGGUAGAAGCAAUGGCCAGCAGCAAGGCGUUUUGCUGGGGCAGAGAAGCUGUGGAACCAAGGGAAUGGGAAUGACAUUUAUUAUUCUUCUGCAGGGGAUGGAAUGGCAUUCAGUUGAUGCCUGCAGGGCUGGAAGUUUCCCUCCAGAAAGGUUCUUUCUGCAAAGGGUGCACUCUUGGCCGUGUUUCAGCUAAGGAUGGGACUACAGCUUGGACACUACAGCAAAUCACAUCUAUAAAGUCCUUCAGCCAGCAGUAACAUCAGCUCUAAACUAACAGUUUGUCCUGGUUAGAGCUAUAGCUGCUUAGCCUUCCUGCAGGCUGCAGCAGUGCAGACUGUAGCUGGGUAUCCAUUCAUCAUAACAUUUAUUGGACAAGAGAGAGCCUGAGCCACCUAGAUCUCACCUACCAACUGCUUUAACAGAGUGAAACAAAUGUUCUCCAGCCGGAUCCCCAUAGCCUGUCUCCUCUGGAAGGAAAGAGGUUGCUCCAGGCUGUUCUUCCUCGAAGGCUGUCUGCAGCUGAUGUGCAGCUUUAGGGGUUUCAGAGGUACGCAGGGCUCGCUGCACCGCGCACCAGGAGGAGCGUUAGUGUAAACUACAYGUUGUGAGCUGACUGUCUUGCGCAGCAGGCUUUCCCAUGCUUACUUUUUGUGGGACUUGGAAUAUUUUUCUACAGGAGAGAACACAGUGCUGCUUGUGUUGUCUGUUCCCUGCAGCAUAUUCAUUCUUAAGAGUACUGAGGGAAAAAAUAAAGAAAAAGUAGAACUGAACAGUGUGAAAUGGAAUGAUCAGUGUUUCCUCCUUGAGGAAAGGCUUUAUUUUUAAAUGGAUACCUCUGGUAUAAAAGUGAAUUUCUGCUUUCUUCCUCUGGAGUGAAGAGCUGUGAGAAAGUAUGACAGGCAAGGUACUGCUGUGACUGAAAU